AAAGACCAUAUAAAGCGAAGAACGCCUGGGCAAAAGUGUUUGUUGGGCUUGUUUGGUUCUUUCCAGGUUAGACCGUUCUUUAUAUUUCUGCUAUGGCAAAUAUAAGCGGGAAGAAUGACAACUUUAGAAGGACAUGGGACAGAGAGGAGUACGAGAAGAAAGCUAAAGAGCGAGCCGAAGAACUUGAAGACGACGAGGACGACGACGAAGAUGAAUCAAGUUCAAAGAGACGACCCUCAGCCCCAGUUAAAAGGGAACUUCUCAAAAGAAGAGAUUAUGAUGUGGAUCUUGAAGCAAACCUUGGUAAAUCGGUGGUCAUAACUAAGACCACACCGCUAUCCCACACUGGGGGAUACUACUGCAAUGUGUGUGACUGUGUAGUGAAAGAUUCAGUGAACUUUCUAGAUCAUAUCAAUGGCAAGAAACAUCAGCGAAAUCUGGGUAUGUCUAUGAGGGUUGAGAGAUCCUCUCUUGAUCAAGUAAAGCGACGUUUUGAGUUGAAUAAGAGAAAAAGAGAGGAGGAAAAACAAAAGAAAGGAAAAGAGUACGAUUUGGAGGAGAGAAUGGCUGUGCUGCGUGAAGAGGAGGAACAAAGGAAACAACAAAGAAAGGUUGCUCGUAAAGAAAAGAAGCAAAAGACAGUUGAUGAUGGAGAAAUUGAUCCUGAUUUGGCUGCUAUGAUGGGCUUUUCUGGUUUUGGCACUAGCAAGAAAUAGUAUAUUUAAUAAGUUUCAUUUGAAUUUGUAGUUUCUAUGGAGUUUGCUUAAGAUGAUGUAACGUGACUCCACAUUUUUUAUUUCAUACCACCAGUCCUUUGCUGAUGAAAUCAGUAUCUAAAAUUAGCUUCCAUCUAAGUCCUGGCUUCAUCUGACAGGCAUGUGAAAAUUUAACAGCUUUUCCUUUGUUUGCAUGAUUAAGGGGUGUGAACUAUAUGGAAUCCCUAGGGUCUUUUGAUGUCUCUGCUGUUUUUUCUGUAAUCCCCACCCUUAACCCAUAAAACAGAGUGUACAUGGUAUUCUAAUGGGUCCGCCCUGAGUGGCAAGAGAAAAUUGAUGAGUCAGAAAAAUACUAUAUAGGUGAGUAAUAUAAUUUAAUCUGAUAUUCAAAGUACAAAAUCUCUUUUUAGUUAUUUUCACUCUCUUAACAGUGGCUUAUACAUGUUGUGCAACACAAAACAAUGGCCAAUGUUUAGUGUAACAGAAGCAUCUGUCAAGUUUUAUAAUUUGUUGAUGUGGGUGUUUUGGUUGUUAAAAGUUUUGUUAAGUAACAGAAAUGUAUUGCAUGUAUUGUCUAAGUUUUCCAUGUAUGUUAAUGCAGCCUACAAAUCAAUGAUUGACAGUGAUUGCUAUCAACAAGUAUUUCUUACUUAGUUAAACAACUGAAGUGCAUAUUAUUAUAUAGCUAAAAGGGGCAGGUUUCUUACCCCAGAAACUUUAUACAAUUCAAUUUAAAGGGGAGAGAAACUGAAUUGUCAUGCCAUUACAACUGAGCCCAGAGGCAUUUACUGAUACUGUAGUUGUCAAUUGAUGAUAUUGGAAACUACUAUCACUCAGUGUUAGUGAACAUAAGGUAUCUGUUAGACUGUACCAAAUUAGAACAGUUCUAAGUUGGUACAGCUUAUUAGUUUAGAUACUGUUAUUAUUAGGUUUUAAAGGUUGAUAAUGAUUUUAGUUAAUUGAUUUAUUGUGUAGUCCAGGACUAAUGUAUAGUUUAACAACUUUCACUGCAAUAGUCUUCAAAUGCAUCAGAGAUUACCCAGCCUGCAUAUAAAAUCCCUUGAGAGGGACUCCCAUAUGAGAAGGUCGGGGAUGCUCAUUGGAAAAUUUGAAUUAAACCCUUAAUGGAGAUGAACCUGUAGGUGGCUUGAGCUUUGGAUGCCACUUAAAAUGGAAUAGGUUUAAUUACCAGCUGCUGUUAAUAAUUUUAUUUCAGGAAGGUGGCCCAUGCUAGUAGACCAGACUCUAGGGAGCGGUGGAAAUAGAGACUUAAAUCGGAAAAAAGAGCAUUUUUUAAUUUUGUAUGGUUGAGUGCACCCUAAAAUAUACUUUGGCAGAUGAAAAUAGUGGCGUUCUAUCACGAACACCCUAAACAAGAGGACGAGCAUCCCUGACCUUUUCAUAUUGAAGUUCCCCCUGGAAAAAUUCUGUAAAUUCUUAUAUUCUGAUAUUUGCCGCCUCAUAAUUGGAAGCAUCAUUCUAUUGGCUUGUCCUACUUUAGUUUUAGCUGAGUUUUGAGAUGGAGGUAGAUGAUCUUACUCUAAGCUGUAAGAUAUAUUACGCAUUUCCUACCAGUACUUGCCAUCUGGAUAACAUGAAAACAGAAAAGAAAUAAAAUUUUGGUAAAUAGAACAUUGGGAAGAUCUUUAAAUACUUCGACAGUUCCUCCAAGAUUGCUUCAGUUUAAAUAUAUUGAAGCGGCAUGCUAUAGUUCAGUUCCACAAGAUUGCUAUACAGACAGUGCUUGUUUUCAAUAAAAUAAUGUAUGCUUCUUUUAGAAAGCAA